GAGAGAGAGAGAGAGAGAGGUGUUUGAAGCCAAGAACCCCCCUCGGUCCCCUCACUCCCUCCCCCCAAAUCUCUAGGGUUUUCCUCGUUCCACCUCUCGAUCGCUUCACUUUCGGGCACCAAUCGAUAUCGACAGGGGUCUUUAGCCCCAGACCAUCGCUCGCCAGUCCAUGGAGCACGCCGCCGUGGUCUCCGAGACGUCCGUCCGCCGAUCGAAGAGGGGCAGGCCACCGUUGGCCGCGUCUGACGUCGGGCCUAGCAAAUCGAGCGGCUCUGCCGGGGAGAAGGCCGACCACAGUCCCACCGACGGGGACCAGGGGUCUGGGGAUGGAUCGUACGACGGCCUCGACGAUCCCGCUCCGAAGGCCAAGAGGAAGCGCGGAGCGGCAAUUCGGGCUGCUGGGUGGAAGGAAGAUCAGAGCUUGAUCGAUAUCAUCAAGCAUAAUGGGAGAGUAAUUAACCAUGCUGUCAAAAAGUGGGUUGAGCGCUAUGAAGGGGAUCCAAAAUCUGCAAUGGUUGAGAUUCUAAUGUUUCUCUUUGAGGCUUGUGGAGCCAAGUAUCAACUAGAAGCCGCGUCUUUUGAUGAGACUGAUGUGGAUGAUGUUGUGGUCUCACUUGUGGAGCUAGCUAAAAAUGGCGAAGUGGAAGACCAUGUUAACUCAAAGCAAAAGGAGCUUAAAAGCUUCAAAGAAAAUCUCGCAUCAUUCUGGGACAACUUGGUUCUUGAGUGCCAAAAUGGACCGUUGUUUGAUAAGGUUUUGUUUGAGAAAUGCAUGGACUUUGUAAUUGCCCUAUCAUGCACUCCUCCUAGGGUUUAUCGGCAAGUGGCUUCAUUGGUUGGUCUCCAACUGGUUACGUCCUUCAUAAAUAUUGCCAAAAUACUUUCUGGACAACGUGAAACCACUCAGAGACAGUUAAACGCUGAAAAGAAAAAACAAAAUGAGGGGCCUCGUCUGGAAUCUCUUAACAAAAGGUUAUCUCUGACACAUGAAAAGAUAACUGCCACAGAAGAGAUGAUGCGUAAAAUAUUUACAGGGUUAUUUAUGCACAGGUACCGAGAUGUUGACCCAGAGAUUCGGAUGUCUUGCAUCAGAUCUCUGGGUAUUUGGAUUUUAUCAUAUCCAUCACUUUUCUUGCAAGACUUGUACUUGAAAUAUCUUGGUUGGACACUGAAUGACAAGAGUGCUGGUGUCAGAAAAGCUUCUAUACUUGCAUUACAAAAUCUAUAUGAGGUGGAUGAUAAUGUGCCAUCACUUGGCCUUUUUACUGAGAGAUUUUGCAACCGAAUGAUUGAGCUUGCUGAUGACAUUGAUAUUUCAGUGGCUGUGUCAGCUAUAGGACUUCUGAAACAACUACUUAGACAUCAGCUUCUAACAGAUGAUGAACUAGGUCCUUUGUAUGAUUUGCUUAUUGAUGAACCACCCUUGAUCAGGCGUGCAAUUGGAGAAUUAGUAUAUGAUCAUUUGAUUGCACAGAAAAUUAAAAAUUCACAUUCAGGACGGAAGGAUGGAGAGAAUGAGUCCUCUGAGGUUCACCUGGGACGCAUGUUGCAAAUUCUUCGUGAAUUUCCUGAUGAUCCGAUCCUUAGUGCCUAUGUGAUUGAUGAUGUUUGGGAUGACAUGAAGGCCAUGAAGGAUUGGAAGUGUAUUAUCUCCAUGCUCCUUGACGAGAAUCCAUUGAUUGAACUCACUGAUGUGGAUGCAACUAACCUGGUUCGGCUUCUCUAUGCUUCCGCUAGGAAGGCUGUUGGAGAAAAGAUAGUCCCUGCCACUGAUAACCGAAAGCAGUAUUAUACAAAAGCUCAAAAGGAAGCAUUGGAAAACAGUAGACGAGAAAUAACUGCAGCUAUGAUGAAGAGCUACCCGCAGUUGCUGCGCAAGUAUAUAUCUGACAAAGCUAAGGUCUCACCUUUGGUUGAGAUUUUGGGUCUUUUGAAACUUGAACUUUAUUCCUUAAAAAGGCAGGAGCAGAAUUUCAAGACAAUUCUUGAACUUAUAGUGGAUGCAUUUUUUAAGCAUGGGGAGAAGGAUACACUGAGAUCUUGUAUCAAGGUGCUAACGUUUUGUUCUACUGAUAGUCAAGCUGAUCUUCAAGAUUAUGUGCAAAAUAAACUGAAGGAUCUUGAGAGUGAUAUAAUAAUUAAGCUAAAAGCUGCUAUGAAAGAAGUCGAGAUGGGUGGUGAUGAGUACUCACUUCUGGUCAAUUUGAAGCGGCUCUAUGAGCUUCAACUGACAAAAUUUGUUUCUAUCAAUGGCUUAUAUGAAGAUAUGGCUAGCAUCCUCAGGGAUUUGAGUGACAUUGACAAUGAGGUAAAGUGCUUUCUGCUUCUCAACAUGUACCUGCAUGUAGCUUGGUGCCUGCAGUCUAUUGACAGUGACAGUCUGCUAGAAGCAUCUACUACUGCAUUAUUGUCCAAGAGGGAUAUCCUGCUUGAACAACUAGAAUCCUUUACUAGGACCCUGCCUGAUGCCCCUCAGGAGGGAAGGAGUGGAAUUGUGCUUUCUUGUAGAGUCUGUAUCAUACUUGCAGAAACAUGGUGCUUAUUUAAAAAGUCAAAGUACUCUUCUACAAGGCUGCACAGUUUAGGAUAUUCCCCAAAUUUACCUUCUAUUCAGAAUUUCUGGAAACUUUCUGAGCAACUGCUUAAAAUUUCAGAUGAGACUGAAGAUGAGGAUGCAAAUGAAGAAUACAUCGAGGAGACAAACAGGGAUGCUGUUAUGAUUGCAGCAGCAAAGUUGGUGGCCACUCAUACUGUUUCCAAGGAUUAUCUUGCUCCUGAGAUUUUUUCACAUUUUGUGAUGCAUGGAACAAGCAUUUCGGAGAUAAUCAAGCAUUUGAUCACAGCUUUAAGGAAAACUGCAAAUGAUGAGAUACCUACUAUAUUUUUGGAGGCAUUGAAAAGAUCUUAUAAGAGGCACACAGUGGAUCUUUCCUCUGGUAGUAACGAGUCCUUAGCGAGUAAGUCCUAUUCGGAUUGCAAGGAGCUUGCAUCUCGGCUCUCAGCAACAUUCACUGGUGCAGCUCGAAAUAAGCAUAAAUCAGAAAUUUUAAAUGUUGUUAAGGAUGGCAUUUCAUAUGCCUUUUUGGAAGCUCCCAAACACUUAUCAUUCCUAGAGGCUGCUGUUUUGCCAUUUGUCUCGAAACUUCCCACAUCUGAUAUUCUAGAAAUCCUGAAGGAUGUCCAGAAGAGAUCAGAGAAUGUUAACAUAGAUGAAGAUCCCAGUGGUUGGCGGCCAUAUUCCGUGUUUGUUGACCACUUGCAGGAGAAAUAUGCAAAGAAUGAAGGUUUGCAAGAUGAGAAAGAAGGGAAUGUUGUAAGACGACGAGGACGUCCAAGAAAGGCAAGAAAUCUAGAAGGAAAGAAACUUUUUGAUGGGCAUGAAUCUAGUGAAGAAGAUUCCAUUAGCGAUUCGGACCAGAAUGAUCAGGAAGAGGAUGACGAUGAAGAAGCGGAUCAGCCUCUAAUACACACUUUUAGAGCAUCGGCUUCCAAGUUGAGAUCAAUGAGAAUUGCACGGCCAGAAAGCACAGAAACUGCAAAGAACAACAGGUAACAGCCGCUGAUAUUAGGUUGCUUUUCUUAAGAAAGUGAUCGAGAAGCAUCAUCAUGGACUCUACUUACAUGAAAGCCCAUAUUAUCGUUUUAUCAAGAAUUUAUCUUUUAUUGCUGUUGGUAGUCUAACCUUCUAGGCAGUUUGUAUGUUAUGUAUAUUGGCAUCUGCACAAGUCAGCUUUACCUUCCUGUAUGUAGUUUCUAAGAGCCCAAAUCUGGUUUAUCAGAACUUUUGUUGCUACCAAGAUAUGCUAGAGCAUGGUGGAGGCAAGCUUGUAAAAGCUAGACACCAAUCAGUUGUACUAAUACUGAGAAUUACUAAUACUGGUCCACCGAGGUUUACUCCUAGAAAAAUAAACAAUUCGGUGGUACCUGUCCUGUCUGUGCAUACAAUCGAACCUGUGCAUUGUAAAUAGGAUCCAAGACAUUCUUGAUUCUCCUCGGAUAAAAGAUUAUUUUUUAUUUGCCUGAUUUUGCAGCAUUU